UUCGCUACUUCCGACUAAGAAACCCUGCACAUCCUUGGCCCUUUUAAGCACUGGGACAAGUUCACCAUGUUGCUCGCUUGGCUAAGGUAGCUGGUCUUCCUGUUGAACCUCGACGCGAUCAUUUUCGACGCGUAGGUGCAGCCGUGGCCCACGCGCGAGGUCCCCUACGUGAUCGACGCCGCCUUCACGCCCAUGCAGCAACUUCGGAUCCGUCGGGCCAUGGACGCCAUCGAGCGCCACACCUGCGUCAGGUUCAGCCCCCUCAGCGCUCAGGCCACGUUUCUGUCGGUGCUUUCCAACCAGGAACAUCUAUGCUGGUCCUCCCACGGAUUCCCACAGAAAAAAAAGUCCAUCACGACCUUGGAUGCCAGAGGGUGCUUCCUCCACGGCACCCUGGUGCACGAGCUGCUGCACGCCAUCGGCCUGCUCCACAUGCACCAGCGCUCCGACAGGAACGACCACGUGCACAUCUACAAGGAGAACAUCAAGAGGGACGAAAUCAUGAGCUUCGUGAGACUGUACUCCGAGACGUAUGGCCUCCCGUACGACCUCAGCUCCGUCAUGCACUACCGAAACCAGACAUCAUAUACCAGCAAGACCGCUUUCACCAUGCUGCCGCGGGGCCCCGGGGGGAAAAACAUGGGCCAGCGGGUCGACCUCUCGCCCGGGGACGUCGCCUGGGUGAACCGUAUGUACGGCUGCAGCUGCCACUACCUGGGCGACGACCUGCCCGGUGCCACGCCCUACGAAAGCUGGCUCAGUGCCACGACCAUUAAGAGCCACCACCUCGCCCCCAUCGACGCCUCCAAGUGCUAGUGAGUGCAAAGACGACCGCUUCCCGAAGCCGAAACUGUGAUUGCCGCAUCUAUGUCUUUUUUCCGCCUGCGACUCCUCUUCUCGAGGAGCUGUAACUCAUAAACUAAUAAAGGA